AUGAGUUCCUGGGAACAAGUGAAAUUUUCGUUUUCUCCUCGUGCCAGAGGCUGCUAUCUUGUCACCGAGGAAGUAGUUCGGUCUCUUCCUCAGUUAAGGGAUUACAAUGUAGGAAUGGUGAAUCUUUUCCUUCAGCACACUUCGGCGGGAAUAUCUCUUAACGAGAACUGUGAUCCAGAUGUCAGAUCAGACAUGACUACCGCAUUGAAUAAUGUUGUACCAGAUGAUAAUGGCCGAAUAUUUGAUCAUGUUGAUGAGGGUCCUGAUGACAUGUCAGGUCAUGCUAAGGCCUCAAUUAUUGGUGUUUCCUUAAAUAUACCGAUAAAAGAUGGACGCUUGGCUCUGGGUACAUGGCAAGGAAUUUGGCUAAUGGAAUUUCGGAAUUACAGACAUACGAGAUACUGUUUGGCCACUAUUCAAGGUUUAAAGGAUUAA